AUGGAUCUUGAUUCAUAUAUAGAAAGUAUUCGAGGUGGCAAGCGCCUUGAAGAGGAGCAACUUAGGCUUGUCUUUUCCAAGCUUAUGGAAGUCCUUUAUCAAGAAGGUACAGUCCAUCCAUUACCACUUCCAAUUGUAAUUUGCGGCGAUAUUCACGGCCAGCUCUACGAUCUUUUUGAACUUUUCAAAAUUUCCGGUGGACCAGAAUCCAACCGUUAUCUUUUCUUAGGCGAUUAUGUAGAUCGAGGAUACUUUUCACUUGAAACCUUCACAUAUCUUGCAUGCUUAAAGCUCAAAUAUCCAGACCACAUUUACUUACUUCGCGGCAAUCACGAAUGCAGACAAGUUAACCAACUCUACGGUUUCUAUGAUGAAUGUGUCAAUGUAUACGGCCAUGCAGGAAUUUGGCGUAUGUGCAAUGAAGUAUUCGAUCUUUUACCAAUUGCUGCUCUUAUUGCAAACAAGAUUUUCGGUGUCCAUGGUGGUCUUUCACCAGAAAUUAAAUUAAUUGAACAGAUUCCUCUUAUUGAGCGUCAAGAUGAAUUACCUAGUAACGGAGCUCUCGCAGACUUGACAUGGUCUGACCCAGAUGAUGUUGAUGGAUGGGCUCCUAACCCUCGUGGCGCUGGAUGGCUGUUUGGAGCACAGCCAACACAUGAAUUCUGCGCGAAUAACAAGAUAGACCUUAUUGUACGUGCUCACCAGCUUGCAAUGAGCGGAUAUCAAUACCAUUUCGGAGAAACACAAUUAGUUACAGUUUGGUCAGCUCCAAACUACAUGUAUAGAUCUGGUAAUGAUGCUUCUGUUCUUAUGAUUGAUGAAAACUUUAAUCGUGAAUUUGUUAUCUUCAAAGCUGUCCCUGAUGACCAGCGUGUUAUCCCAGAAGAAACAACACCUCCGUAUUUCGCUUAA